CUUCCCUUUGUAUUUUCAUUCAUCCCACCAGAGUGCGAUAAAAGAGAGAAAAAAGUAGCCCAUUUGAGUCUAUAGAUAUCCUGUCUAUGAGAAUCGGGAGAGCAAUAGCAAUAAGUAGCCCAAACCACAGCCCAAAAAAAAAAAAGCAAAUGAUUUGUCGUUUCAAAGUUGGUUUAUGAUUUACUAAAGCCUCCGAUUUAAUAAUUACACACACUUACAGGCGUCCGGCUGUCAAGUGACUUUUACGGUUUUCGGAGCUGAAAGCCUCAGAAAAAUGGAGAAGAUGGUGGUGUUGAGAUCCAUUUAUAGAGCAGCAUGUUUGAGAUCUUCCCGUUUUACCACAGCCGCAGCCGCCGCUAACCUCAACUGCCACUUGGGUUCCCGUAGUUUCUUUUCUGCCUCAUCACCUUCCGACUCUAAUCCUCCUAGAAAACUCCCUUCCGAUAGCAGGUCUUCUUUUGCAUUGAGAUUGGGAAGCAUGCGCUAUUUUAGUGAAGAUGUAACUCAUAUGCCGGUUAUAAAAGACCAUGAAAUUCUGAAUGUUUUUAAGGACUUAAUGGCUGCAAGUUGGGAUGAGCUUCCCUAUUCAGUCGUACAGGAUGCAAAGAAAGCCUUGUCCAAAGAUACUGAUGACAAAGCUGGCCAGGAAGCUUUGAAAAAUGUUUUCCGUGCUGCUGAAGCAGUUGAAGAGUUUGGUGGCGUUCUAAUCAGCAUGAAGAUGGAACUUGAUGAUAGCAUUGGAGUGAGUGGAGAGAAUGUAAAGCCUUUGUCAAGUGAGUUUGCAGAUGCACUAAAGAUAGUUUAUCAACGAUAUACAACUUACUUGGAUGCAUUUGAUCCUGAUGAAACCUAUUUGCGAAAGAAGGUAGAGACAGAGUUGGGAUCAAAGAUGAUCUACCUAAAGAUGAGAUGUAGUGGUCUUGGUUCUGAGUGGGGAAAGAUUACUGUUCUUGGAACCUCUGGACUAUCUGGAUCUUAUGUGGAGCAAAGAGCUUAGCACUAUAGUGCUGAGAAAGAUCAAUUCACUGUGAACAUUAUUCUGUUUUAGACAUGUUUAUGAACACUUGGAGACUGUUUGUUGUUGUUCUCCUGGAAAACCUUCGAGGUUGAAGUUGCUUGGUAGCUAAAUAAAAGGCAUAUCUUUGUCAACAACAGUAAAUCAAAUUGUAAAAUCAUGUUUCUUAUGCCUUU